ACCCAUAAGAAAGAGAGAGGUUCUUUGUGAUUUGCAUGGGGAUAUUAUUUCUGAAUAUUUAUUCUAAUGAAAAAAAUGAACUGGUUUUUUUUAAUAAAAUAAGUUUAUUCAAAACUAUCAAAACCAGACAUUUUACUGCGUUAUAAAUAGUCAAUUCAGAAAUGACACAUGUGUUUAUUAAAUCAACAUUUUUGUUUUUGAAACCUAACCUGUACUUUUAAUCAGUCAAACUAAAUGUAUUCUUAUAUUUUUUUACUUCUAACCAAACUUGACCUCUGAGAAGUAAUGUGCUCAGUAUCAGAUAAAGAAUGUAGUGUACUCAUAAAUGUGUUAUUGAAAUAAUUGUGAAAGUGUUAAAAAAAAUAGUUUUCUAUCUAUCCUAGAGACGGGAUCACGUUUUUUAGUCACACUCUGUAGAAAGCAUAAUAAUUGCGGUUUAAAAUAAAUGUAUUCAAGAGGAAGAUCAGCAAUUUAAAAUAAAUCUACUUAGGCAAUAUUCUAAGAUGAAAGUAGUAGCUUUAGUAAGUGGUGGCAAAGACAGCACAUUUAAUAUGAUGCAAUGUAUUGCCGCAGGCCAUCAGAUAGUGGCUUUAGCAAAUUUGGUGCCCCAUAGUAAAACUGAAAUAGAUAGUUUCAUGUAUCAAAGUGUAGGCCACGAGGCAAUUGACCUAAUUGCAUCAGCUAUGGAUCUACCUCUAUAUAAGAGAGAUACUUUAGGUAUUUCUAAUGAAAGAGGUAAAAUUUAUGAACCUUCCGAGAGCGAUGAGGUAGAAGACUUGUAUUUAUUACUCAAACAAAUAAGGAAUGAAAUUAUAUUCGAGGCUGUGUCUGUUGGAGCUAUUUUAUCGGAUUACCAAAGAGUAAGAGUAGAAAAUGUUUGUAUAAGACUGUCCCUGGUACCUUUGUGUUAUCUCUGGCAGAGAAAUCAAAUCGAACUUCUUGACGAAAUUAUAAAAUGUGAAGUAGACGCUAAAGUUAUCAAAGUAGCAACAUUAGGUUUGGAAAUUAAACACUUAGGAAGAUCCCUUAGCUCGCUACAACCUCAUCUAUUAGCAAUGCAUGAGAAAUAUGGGAUAAAUGUUUAUGGAGAGGGCGGAGAAUAUGAGACUUUAACGUUAGAUUGUCCUCUAUUCAAGAGCAGAAUACUAAUUGAAAACUCGGAGAUCGUAAUGCAUUCAGAUAAUCCUAUAGCACCAGUAGGUUAUCUCAUAUUCAAGAAAUUAUCACUAGAAAUCAAACUGCCAGCUUUAGAUUUACAAAGUAGAUUGGAAGGCUUACCCUUAAAGGACAGUAAUGGAUAUGUAACUGAUCAUGAAGAAGAAGCGUUUCAAUAUAUUGAAAAUGACACAGAAGAUGAAUCCACCGUAAACUCCGAUUAUGUAGUUAACUAUAAUUACACUUCCGAUGGUAUAAUACAAGAAGCGUCUUCUGUUGGAAGUAGAGAAGGGUGGAUAUUAGUAGGCGGCAUUCAAGGAACUUCUCGUAAUGCUGCCGAAUCUAUGGCGGAGGCGAUGAGUAUCUUACAGUUGGAAUUAUCAAAGUACAAUCAUACUGUGAAAGAUGUGUGUUCGGUUACAAUGUACAUUGGCGAUAUGGCGGAAUAUGCUGCUCUGAAUAAACUUUAUGUUGAUACAUUUAGUUUUCCAAACCCACCCACUAGAGCUUGCGUGCAAGUGCCCCUGAAUGCUGAUAACCCAGUAAGGCUGGAAGCUAUUUUAUGGAAAGAACCAUCUACUAAUACUGGCGAUAAAAACGAUGAAAGACAAACCAUACAUGUGCAGAGCAGAUCACAUUGGGCACCAGCAAAUAUUGGACCAUACAGUCAAAGUAUCAGAGUGAAAAAUAUCAUUCAUUUAGCUGGACAAAUUGGAUUAGUACCAGGUAGUAUGGAAAUGGUCAAAGGAGGAAUAAAAUCUGAAUGUAGGUUGGUUUUGAGACAUUUAAAGAGAGUUUUGAUGGCUGUGGAUCCUAAAUUUAGUUUGAGAAAUGUUGUACAGGGAAUUUGUUAUGUGACUGACGUAUCGUAUAUUGCACCUUGUAGAAAAAUAUGGGAAGAAAGAACUAACAAUGCUAUCGUUGAUUAUGUAGUUGUUACUGGAUUACCAAGAAAUGCUACAGUGGAAUGGCACGUAUGGGCACAUAAAUAUAACAACCUAUUUGAUUAUGAAGAAAGAGGAAAGUUUGUGGAUAACUUUUCAAUAUCAAUAUAUCGUCGUUGGAAUCACGAAAAUAAUAUUUCCACCAUAUUAUGCAGGAUUAGCCAUCCAGAUGAAGAUGCAAUUAUCAAACUUUGCAUUUUUAAAGAAGCCAUCGAUUAUACUAUACAAAAACUUCAACAGGGAUAUGAAAGUGACACUUCCGUCAUUAAUUUGAAAAUUUUCUAUUCUGUCACCAAAAACAUUGAUUUAAAAGUUAUCUUAGAAUGUAUAGAAAACACAAAAAAACACAUAAGUUUAAGUUAUACUUUAGUACCUGUAAUAUCUUUGAAAAACAAACAAAUAUUUCUGUCAAUUUGUGGUAUUAGAAUGCUCAAUUAAUCGAUAUAAAAUAGUUACAAAAUGUAAACAGCAAAAAUAUGUAAAAAUAAUUAAAAUUAUUUAUCUGUUUAUAGCUUGAAA